ACCUCACCCUGUGCAAUACUCCACUGAGUGAAGUGAUGAUGCUGUAUUUGUCGGAGUGUGUAAGUCUAGAGCGUGUGGUGGUGAAUUCAUGCCGAGGAUUGAGGUCACUGGAAUGUUUGUCCUCGCUUCAGCGGUUAACCGAACUAUCUUUGCUGAAUAUGGGCAUAACAGAAGAAGGCCUCGCUUUCAUUAGUAGUUGCAAUUCCUUACGACACAUACAGUUGGAUAAUUGCAUGAAACUUCAGGGUAUUAAUUGUUUGGGAUCGUUAAUUGGCUUGCGAACACUCAGCGUUUCACGGAACAGGGUUUCAGACGAUGGAAUUCGAAGUUUAAGUAAUUUGAGAAAUUUAGAACAACUCCGACUUGUUUCCUUCAAUCGCCUAUCGAGUGUGGAGCCUGUUUUGUGCCUGGACAAGCUUCUAGAGUUAGACCUCACAGAGAAUUGGGUCACAGAUGAGGGCUGUGCGGCACUGGCAAACUGUGGCCAGAUUCAAAAACUCAAGCUUGCUUCGUGUCGCUGUGUGUCGGAUGUGCGGUGGAUUUGCGCCUUGACAUCUCUUCGAUUUUUGGACUUGUCAAAAACGCACGUGCGAAGCGCUGACCUCCAAUUACUGACGAUGUGCCAACGGCUGGAAGAACUUCAUGUUGCUUCAUGUAGCGGUGUGAAGGAUGCGUCCUUCGUUGAAGGUUUGUUGUCUCUUGGACACCUGGAUCUUACCGAUACAAGCAUAAAAGAUGCCGGAACCCAGUCUAUUAGAAAAUGCACUGCGCUUACUUUUCUCUCAUUGCAGGAUUGUCGUUUUUUGACGGAUAUACAGUUUGUGGAGCCACUGAGGAACCUGCUCAACCUGAAUUUGGAAGGCACGGAAGUGGUGGACGCCAACAUUAUUCCGCUGAUGCACUGCACAAAGCUGGAGGUUCUUUCACUUCGACACUGUCUUUUUUUAACAGAUGUUCGCUGCUUGCGGGAACUGAAGGCACUCAAGUCAUUGGAUCUUUCCGGGACCUAUGUCACUGAUGAGGGGGUAUCUGACGUAUCACAAUGCAUUUCAUUGGAACGGAUUGAUCUUAGUGAGUGUUGUCUCAUUACCCACUUUGAGUUUCUUCGCCCUCUAACUGCGUUGAGGCAUGUUAUUGCAGAUCGUAUGAAUGUGUUGGAUGUGACUGGCUUAGGAGGAAGCGGAUCCGUGGAGAGAGUGUCAAUUGCCGAUUGCAAACGGCUGGGGUCCAUGGGCAUGCUGGAGGCCCCACGACUGCUGGAUCUUUCUCUGAAAAAGAGCGCCAUUACAGACAGUGGCAUACACAGUGUUCUGCUGCGGUGCCAUUCUCUGCGACGUCUCAAUUUACAAAAUUGCACAUCCAUCACGGAACUUAGUGCUGUUGCACAACUCCCUUCACUUACGGAGCUUUUGGUGCGGAAUAUGAAAAUAACGAAUAAAUCUGUUGCAUUUGUAGCACGUUGUGCGACUUUGGAGAAACUGCAGAUGGUGGAAUGUGUUGAAAUCACAGAUGUGAACAGUCUAAAAUAUUUGCACCGGCUGGUGGAACUGGAUCUCUCAAGGACAAGUGUCACCUCUGGGGGAAUUGUGGGCCUUGCACGCUGUUAUAACUUAAAGAAAUUGAACCUUAGCGGCUGUCGUUACCUGACGGAGGUGAAUUGUUUGGGAGAACUGCGUCUGCUGAGGGAACUUCACUUGGGACGAACUACAGUAUCGGAUAGCGGUAUAGUGGGACUCUGUCGCUGUAUGCAGCUUGAAACCCUCAUACUCACAAACUGUAGUCAAAUUAGGGAGGUGGAAAAGCUCCAGAAUUGUCUGCCUUGCCUCGUAAAAUUUGAUGUGUACGGCACGUCCGUCGAGGAUUCUCGUCGAUACCUUGGUGUGGGCCAACGUGUCCAACAUGCGUGUGUUGUUCUCUGA